AAAAAAAAGAGGAUCGUCCGUAUAACAUUUUAAGGUGCGUUUUCUUGCACAGGACAUAGAAGCGACAAUGCUGGAGAAACAGAAGACUCUGCCUGGUGCUCUGACUUUCGUCAUUAUCGGUAUAACGGUAUUAAAUGCAGUGUCCACUUCCUCCUCCUCCGGAAUACGAGAAAAGAGAUCCCUGACGUCGCCGUGUGGCGGGUGCCCGUCCAAUUUGCUCAAUGCGGCAGAGAAGACGGAUAUCCUCAACUACCACAAUCAAGCCAGAACAAUGGUGCAGCCUCCAGCUGAGAACAUGCUUCAGAUGAUGUGGGACUCCGACCUCGCUGACUGUGACGGCCAAGAAUACAUUAACCAAUGCCUCUUCUCCCACGGUCACUCCAGUCUAAUAGACACGUGCUCCACGGACAUUAACACCCAGGCGAUUGGCCAAAACCUUUACGUCUAUUGUAGCACAAGUAACAUCCAGCCUGCAAACUUAACUGGGAGAGCGGUGGAGUAUUGGUUUAGUGAAAAGGAAGACUACACCUAUGAUACGAAUACCUGCGCAUCUCAGCGCAUCUGUGGGCAUUAUACUCAAGUUGCCUGGGCCAAUUCCUUCAGACUUGGGUGCGCUUACUCUGCUUGCCAGAGUGACCAGUCUCCGUGUGGGGAGGAUUUCCCGUAUUACUGGAUACUUGUUUGCAACUACUACCCAGCCGGUAACUACCAAGGACAGAAGCCCUACAUCAGCGGUGUCCCUUGCAGUGCUUGCCCCACCAAUAUGCAUUUGGAGAACCCCUGUAACAAUGGCCUCUGUGUGACUGAGACUGAAUGUGAAGUAAAUGGUGGAUGUUAAGGACUAGACCAACACCGCUCAUGAUCAGAGCCACAUCUCUUCACAUGAAAAGAAGACAUCCUUGCAAAAUGAUUGAAUAUGUUGUUGAAAUUUAGAAAAGAACUUAUUUACAUGUCUACACAUGUUGUUAAUUUUUUUUAUCACACUUAAAGAUCUUGUCAACGUUAUACGGUAAAGUGGCCAAGACCAAGUAAAGCAUUUUUGCUGUUACUAUUACAUUUUGUUAUAAUCUGGCAAUUUUUCAAGGCAAUUGAAAUGACCGCAAUACGAAGCUUUGUAAAGUUCACUUUUGCCUCUAUGGAAUAAAAA